AUGGGAGAGAAACCCCAUGAAUUUAAUUCAUGUGGGAAAACGAGUCAUAAGUCACCCCUCACAGACCAUCAGUUAGCACAUAUAGGGGAGAAACUUUAUAAGUGUAGUGAAUGUGGGAAGUCCUUUUGCAAGAAGUCAUCUCUUACUCGACAUGAGGAAACAUACACAGGGAGGAAACCCCAUGAAUGCAAUGAUUGUGGAAAAACUUUCUGCAGGAAGUCAGCAUUCACUCAACAUCAGAGAACUCAUAUAGGAGAGAUGCACUUCCAACAUAAUGAAUGCAGUAAGACCUUCCAUCGCCAGUCAGACAUUAAGGCACAUCAGAGAAUUUACACAGGAGAGAAACGCUUCCAAUGUAAUGCAUGUGGAAAGACUUUCCAGUGGCAGUCAGACAUUAAGCUACAUCAGAGAAUUCGCACAGGAGAGAAACCCUUUCAGUGUAGCAAAUGUGGCAAAACUUUCUAUCAGCAGGCAGAUGUUAAUGCACAUCAGAGAAUUCUUACAGGAGAGAAACGCUUUCAGUGUAAUGAAUGUGGUAAGACUUUUUAUUGGCAAUCAGACAUUCAUGCACAUCAAAGAACUCACACAGGAGAAAAACCCUUUUGGUGUAAUGAAUGUGGUAAAUCUCUCCAUUGGCAGCCAGAUAUUAAUGUUCAUCAGAGAACUCAGACAGGAGAGAAAUGCUUUCAAUGUAAGGAAUGUGGUAAAACUUUCUAUCGUCAGUCAGAUAUUAAUGCACAUCAGAGGAUUCACACAGGACAGAAACCCUUACAAUGUAAUGAAUGUGAUAAAACUUUCUAUCGUCAGUCAGACGUUAAUGUGCAUCAGAGAACUCACACAGGAGGGAAACGCUUUUGA